AUGGCAGAUGGUCAAUACCGGUUCCACCAGCCGGGGGCCGGACCGUUCUACUAUCAACACAACCAACACAACGCUCAAAGAGGCCUCAAUCGUGCUGGCUCUCCUCCGGGAGGGAGAAGACCCUUCAGUAACGAUACUCCGUCUCCUUCCAGAUCGCCCGCAAAUCCCUCUACAGCCCAUAGCGCUUUCAAUAUGUAUCAGCAUGGAGGACAUCAGGGACAACAUGUCAUGAUGAACGGGCAGAAUCAUCGAGGUUACGGUAUGCAACAGAUGUCCAAGUUUCAACAUAACCAUCAUCCACAUCACAAUCAGGCGAGUCAUCACCACAACCAGCACCAUCAAGGAGGACACAUCAAUCACCAGUACAACCACUCGGGAGGGGGAUCAUUGCCGGCGCCUUCUUCACAUUUCUCCCAGCCUCAUCAGAAUGGCGUCUCUGAAAAUCAACAAGAUGAUAUGGACGAGCCGGGUGGGGAGCAUUGGCAAGCUCAGCAGCAGUGGGCUGAAGAGGCGAGAGCAAAUGCUUCUCCGCACCACCAGGCCAGAACUGUAGCGCAGGUCUCUAAGCAUCUAAGUUUGGGACCGUCGCAGACUGGAAACGAGGAAGUCCAGGAAGAAGAAAGAAAUCGUCCUGUCACAGUCCCGAAGGGAGGUCGGCAGGGCUGGACAGCUAUAGAUCUGGGUGGGCAAGGUUUGCGCGCAUUGUCCGACGUGCUCUUCCGCUACGACUUUCUUCAGAAGCUCUAUCUCAAUCAUAACAACCUCGACCAUCUGCCUCUGACGAUAGGACGACUCAAGUGCUUGGUGGAAUUAGAUGUGUCUGGCAACCAGCUACGAGAACUGCCAGCGGAGAUUGGAAUGCUUACCAAUCUUGAAAGGCUUAUGCUGGUUGAUAAUCACCUCCGUACUCUGCCAUACGAACUUGGGCAUCUGUAUAAACUUUCGGCAUUGGGUGUAGAGGGCAAUCCGCUGAAUGAGGACGACAUGAAAAGAAUAAUGCACAUGAGUACUAAAGAAUUUAUCGAGUUUCUCAGGGACGGAAUGCCCGCCCCAGAACCCCCUGUAGGCCGUGACUGGCUCGCGCUUGAAGAUACGUCGAAUACAACAUCCCCGACUGAGAAAUUUUCGGCUUUCAGCUACAACAUCCUCUGUGACAGAUAUGCCACCAAAAGUCAGUAUGGAUAUGCGCCGGCUCGGGUGCUGGAUUGGGAGCACCGAAAGGAGAUCAUCCUCGGCGAAAUCCUGACCCAAGACCCUGACAUUGUUUGCUUGCAAGAGCUCGACAAGUACAAUUAUGAUGAAUUCUUCCGGCCCAAGCUUGCCGAAUCGGGGUAUAAGGGCUAUUUCGCGCAAAAAAGUCGGCACGAAACCGCUCCCAGUGAUCAAGCAAGGCACAUUGAUGGCUGUGGCACGUUUUUCAAGGAGAAGAAGUACAUCCUCCUUGACUCGCAGCAUUUGAAUUUUGGGCGCAAAGCAGUCGAGAGAUCUGGCCGACACGCUUCGGCCGACAUGAUCAAUCGAGUCUGGCAAAGGGACGAUAUCGGGACUGUUGUCUUGCUCGAAAAUCGUGCGACAGGCUCGCGAAUGAUCGUGGCUAACGCCCACUUUUACUGGGACCCGGCCUACAAGGAUGUGAAGCUGAUUCAAGUCGCCGUUCUGAUGGAAGAGCUCACCAGGCUUGCCGAAGAAUACGCGAAAAUGCCAGCAUGCAAGAACAAGAAGGUCUUCCAGUUCUCCGAUGCUGAAGAUAACGGCGAGCCCAUGCCGGAGCCCGGCCCUUCUCAGGAGUAUUCCAGUGGACCGCAACUGCCCGUGAUCAUCUGUGGCGACUUCAACUCUGGAAAGGACUCGGCUGUCUACGAUCUGUUGUCUAACGGGAACCUCGGGAGCAGACACGAAGACCUGGGAGAUCGAAACUACGGCACGUUCAGCGAAGCUGGAAUAUCACACCCUUUUACGCUCAAAUCCGCCUACAGCAGCGUGGGCGAGCUGAGCUUCACCAACUACACUCCUGGGUUUACCGACGUGCUCGAUUAUAUCUGGUACUCUUCGAAUUCUUUGCGGGUUUCCGGUUUGCUAGGGGAUGUGGACAUGGAGUAUUUGCAGCGUGUUCCGGGCUUCCCCAAUUUCCAUUUUCCGAGCGAUCAUUUGGCGUUGAUGGCGGAGUUUGUGGUGUCGGGGCCCAAAAAGCUGAAGGUGACAGAGGCUGAUUUUGGAUCUGGCUCGCAGCGAGAUGGCAAGUAG